AUGCAGCAAGCAGUAGCCUCUUGUUGUGGAGCUUUAAUAACAUCAUUAUUUGUAACUCCUCUUGAUGUUAUCAAAACUCGACUGCAAGCCCAAAGCAACCCAUUCCCUAAAGGAAAGUGUUUUGUGUACUCCAAUGGCCUUAUGGAUCAUAUAUGUGUUUGUGAAAAUGGGGACAGCAAAGCCUGGUAUAAAAAACCUGGGCAUUUCAAAGGGACCUUGGAUGCAUUUGUGAAAAUUACUCAAAUAGAGGGAAUGAAGUCACUGUGGAGUGGACUUCCCCCAACACUAAUAAUGGCACUUCCUACUACAGUAAUCUAUUUUACCUGCUAUGACCAACUGUGUGAAGCUUUGAAAGACAGACUGGGAAAGGAUGAUGAACGCAUUCCAGUUCUUGCAGGUUCCUUAAGCAGAUUCGGUUCUGUUACCAUGGUGAGUCCCCUGGAGCUGAUCAGAACUAGGAUGCAGUAUCGCAAGUUGUCCUACAAGCAGCUGUACCUGUGUGUCAGCACCAAAGUGGCUGCAGAUGGAUGGCUUUCCCUGUGGAGGGGCUGGAGUUCCACUGUUCUGAGAGAUGUGCCUUUCUCAGCAAUGUACUGGUAUAAUUAUGAACGUUUCAAGAAGAUGAUGUGCAAGGAAUUCAGUGUGCAUGAACCUACAUUUUUAAUUGCUUUUACUUCAGGAGCAGCAUCUGGCUCUAUUGCAGCUGUCAUAACUCUGCCAUUUGAUGUAGUGAAAACACAUAGGCAGACUGAACUGUGGGAGAGUGAGACCUUAAAAA